AAGACUAUUAAUGUAGCUACCGUGUGUUCUAGUGGUCACGUGUGUUUUGAAAAGUUCGUCGCAUUGAAACCAACCAGCAUCUCCACGCGUUGACUACUAACCUCUCUGCUGCUGCAGUCACACACACAUAUAUGUGUUAGCAGAUUGAAUCAGAGUUCUCAUUACGAGCAUAAAGAGACUUUAAACAUGGUGUUCUUCACCUGCAACGCAUGUGGUGAAUCCCUGAAGAAAGCUCAGGUUGAGAAACACGUGAACAUGUGUCGGGGUUGCCAGGUCCUGUCCUGCAUCGACUGUGGAAAAGACUUCUGGGGCGAUGACUACAAGAACCACCUUAAAUGUAUCAGUGAAGACCAGAAGUAUGGAGGCAAAGGCUUCGAGGCGAAAGCAAACAAAGGAGAUGUGAAACAGCAGCAGUGGAUCCAGAGAGUCCAUGACGCCAUGAACAAACCUGGAGUCAGUGCAAAGCUAAAGAAUGUGCUCCAACAAGUCAGCUCGUAUGAUAAUGUCCCAAGAAAGAAGGCCAAGUUCCAGAACUGGAUGAGAAACAGUCUUAAAAUAGCGAACACCGGUCUUCAUGAUGAGGUGUGGGACAUCCUCGCUGCAGCUGACAAUCCUCCUGAGGCCCCGCAGGAGAGUAAAGAAGCUAAACAGACGGUGGCUGAAGUCGAAGCGGACACUAAUGGAAAUGAAAAGCAGAACGGCCACCCGGAUGUUGAGAAGAAGAAGAAACUGAACAAACGGGAGCGUAAAGAGGCCCGUCAGCUGAAGAACGGGAAGGCUGUGAAAGGUGCUGAAAAGACGGCUGCUCAGGAGCCAGAGGAAGGCAAGAAGAAGAAAAAGGACAGAAAGAGGAAGCACAGCUGUGAGGAAGACGGAGAUGAAGAGCAGAAUGGUGCUGAUAACGAGACAUCCAGCAAGAAAACGAAGACAAUUGACCAAGAGGCCGCUGACAUGUCAGAGGAGACGGAGGAUCAAGAAGUUCCCAAAGGCAAAUUCAACUGGAAGGGAAACAUCAAGGCACUACUGAAAGAAUCAGAUGACCAGGAACUGCCAGUAAAGAAACUCAGGAAGAAGGUAUUGGCAGCGUACUACUCUUUCACUGGUGAUAGAAAUUUUAAAAAGGAGGAGGAGGUGCUUGCACUUUUCAACCAGAAGAUCAACAAAAAUCCAAAAUUUCGAGUCUUGAAAGACCGAGUUAAGCUUGUAAAGUAGACGUGUUUGUCUCACCUGUCUUGCAUGAAAUGUUUUGUUGUGUUCAUAGACUUUUAAAAUUCCAAACCCAUUGUUGUCUGCCGUCCUCCCUUGGAUGUUUUUGUACAGAUGACCUAAUGUCUAACAUUAAAUAAUUUUAUAACCGAA